AAGAAAUUCAGAUCCGAGAAAGAGUCCGUCAAAAUCAAAAGUUUGUAAACACAGUAUUUAUUAAGUUUUAGCUCAUCACAAAAUUACAAAUUAUAGCAUUGAUGGAGUCCAAUAAGUAAUUUUAUUUUUAUUAAGUCAUAGCUUGACAGUACAAGAUGAACGUAUCGAUUGAAAGAAAGCGAGCGGAUUGCGCUGCCCUUCCGAAAGGUUGGCAAAGAGAGGAAGUUCUUCGCAAAACUGGUCUUUCCGCUGGUAAAGUGGAUGUUUACUACUACAGUCCGGCGGGUAAAAAAAUUGAAAGCAAACCUCAGCUAGCUCGGGCUCUAGGGGACACAAUCGAUCUCUCCACGUUUGACUAUCAAGCGGGUCGAAUAGUUCCCAGUGCAACGCAUAUGAUGCUGCAGCACAAUGCACUCAAGCGGAAGCUUGGGGUUCAGCCAACAGGUUCAUCGAUAGCAUCGACCGGAGUAACGUUACCACCACCGGUUCCGAUUUAUCACCAAUUCGCUUCUAGUGGCGGAACAGGUGGUAGUGGGGGAGGAUCUGGAGGCGUAGCAGGCAGGCAAUCACAUCUGCAGUAUGAUUACAGCCGUGGAAUGCGUGCGGAUACAUCUCUGAUACCUCCAAUACGGCAAACGGCGUCCAUUUUCAAGCAACCUGUGACGGUUGUACGUUCACAGGAAAACGAAAGUAAGGUGAAACGGGAUCUGCAGCAUGGUUCGCAAAUCAAACCCAAACAAUUAUUCUGGGAGAAGCGGUUAGAGAAUCUUCGAGUCAAUAAUACUUUCAACGAGGAAAUCGGUUCUCUGGAACUGCCGAAACGUUUGAAACCGGUGGGACCAGGUGUUAAUGAGGCAACCGUUCUACAAUCAUUAGCAACAGCGCUGCAUCAUAACACACAUCCGGUAACGGGACAAACCGCGUCUAAAACGUCGCUCAACACGAAUGCCAGUGUGUUUCUCAAUCCAGAUCAGCCACUGAUGCACGUGGCUACCGUUACUGAGGAUGAUAUCAAGCGCCAGGAGGAGCGGGUCCAGUUUGCUCGCACUCGACUCCAGGAGGCUCUGCGGGCAUAGAUUCAAGACAAAAAAUCGUAUUCUCAUUAUCGAUAUAUUAAGCAAGUGUGUCUGCCAAUAGAUUUUUGUACGUGUAAGCAGAAAAUUUACAUUUUAUAUCAUAACGUCAUUUCACCUGAGAAAUAAAUCAGUCCAUCAAUCUACCAAAUAAAAGAAGAAUUCUCAUUGGAGUAA